GGCAGGGCAAUACGCCUGUAUCACUACACGCCUGGCCCUCUUCAACACUACUACUGCUCAGGACCAGAGACAGAGGACUGAGGACCAUUUGAGAUGCAUGGCCUGUAAGCAGCCAGCGCCAGCGAUGGCUCAAAGGAAGAGGCCAGGGCCCAGCGGCUCCAGCUGCAGCAUGGUGGAGCCCCCCGUCCGGCCCCCCUGCCCCGCCGCCUACCCCCCAGAGCAGCACGACCAGGAGCAGGAGGGUGGGCCGGGGGAGGAGGAGGAGGUCCACUACUGCCGCCAGCAGGGUCUGGAGCCAGAGCUGACGGACAGCCGGCCGGACACACCUACUACACCGGAGCCGCAACACGAGCAUGAACACAGCCAUGACCACGAUCACCCAGACUGCCACGGCCAUGAUGACCACAUUCACAGCGAGGACCACGCAGAGUGCCAUGGCCACGACCGCGAGCAUGCAGACUGUCACGAUCACGGUCACAGUCACGACGAUGUAGACUGCCACGACCACGGCCACGUCCACAGUCACAUCAAUGACCACGACCAUGCAGGCUGCCACGGCCACCGUCACGACCACGCUGACAGCCUGGAUGGAGACUCCAGCUCUGACUAUGUGAACAACACCUCAGAGGAGGAGGACUAUGAUGAAGGUCUGCCGGAGGAGGACGAGGGCAUCACCUACUACAUCCGCUACUGCCCUGAGGAUGACAGCUACCUGGAGGGCAGCAUAGACUGCAACGAGGGCGAGGCUGACUAUACCGCCAGCACCGUGCAGCACGUCCGGGCUGAGCCCCCGGGCGACACAGACGAGUGCCAAGAAGCGGUGGAGGAGUGGGUGGAGGGAGAAGGUGGGGUGGAGGUGGGGGAGGUGCGCUGUGAGGUGGUGGAGCAGGACCCAGAUGAACAGAUCUACGACGUCCUGGACCCCCACCCCGUCCUGCAUGAGUCCCCCCCACCCACAGAGGAAGAGGAGGUUGUGAGAGCUGGGGUUGCUUACACUGGGGACUACUAUGGCCCAGAGGAGGAAAAUGGGAACUCCGUGGUUCACGAAUCGCGGUCUCCAUACCGUGGCCGUAAAGUGGUAGUGGAGGGGGAGACGGGGGAGGAGGCGGAGGAGGACAUUGACCAGAUAGUGGCAGAGAUCAAGAUGAGUAUGAGCAUGGGUAGUCUGAGCAGUGGUGGUACUGACCAGAGUCCUGACGAGCUGGUGCAAGACAGUGUACCCAGUGAUUACCACCCUCCUGAGGCCCACGCCAAGCCUGAGCCUGCCCCCUACACCCCAACCCCACACCGCCACGACAGCAGACCCAAGUCCCUCAACCUCCCCUCCUCCACACGGCACAACAACCCUGAGCUCCAGAAGGGCUUCAAAGUUCGCUCCCGCACCCCGGAGGAGCGACAGCAGUGGGCUCAAGAACAGAUGACCAACGGUGCAGAGCAUCCCAGGAAACAGCAGCGUUCUGACCUCAACGUGCCGCUGGAGAACAACAAUGUCCCGGAGGAAACUAAGAAGGCUGCAUCUUUCCCCAGCUUUGUUGAUGUUCCGGGGCCCUGUGAGCCAGAAGAUCUUAUUGAUGGCAUCAUCUUUGCUGCUAACUACCUGGGCUCCACCCAGCUGCUCUCUGAGAGGAACCCGUCCAAGAACAUCCGCAUGAUGCAGGCCCAGGAGGCUGUCAGCCGGGUCAAGAGGGUUCAGAAGGCUGCCAAAAUCAAGAAAAAGGCGAGUCCAGAGGGAGACGCACAGACACUGACAGAGGUGGACCUCUUCAUCUCCACCCUGAGGAUCAAAGUGCUCAACGCAGACACACAGGAAACUAUGAUGGACAACGCCCUGCGCACCAUCUCCUACAUAGCUGACAUUGGGAACAUCGUGGUGCUGAUGGCGAGGCGCCGCAUGCCGCGCACAGCCUCCCAGGACUGCAUCGAGACCACACCUGGAGCCCUAGAGGCCAAGAAACAGUACCGGAUGAUCUGCCACGUCUUUGAGUCUGAGGACGCCCAGCUCAUAGCCCAGUCGAUUGGACAGUCAUUUAGCGUGGCUUACCAGGAAUUCCUGAGGGCCAACGGCAUCAACCCAGAGGACCUGAGUCAGAAGGAGUACAGUGACAUCAUCAACACGCAGGAGAUGUACAACGAUGACCUCAUCCACUUCUCAAACUCUGAGAACUGCAAAGAGCUGCAGCUGGAGAAGCAUAAGGGAGAGAUCCUGGGCGUGGUCAUAGUGGAGUCUGGCUGGGGCUCUAUCCUGCCCACGGUCAUCCUGGCCAACAUGAUGAACGGUGGGCCGGCCGCCCGCUCUGGGAAGCUCAGCAUCGGAGACCAGAUCAUGUCCAUCAACAACACCAGCCUGGUGGGCCUGCCUCUCGCCACCUGUCAGGGAAUCAUCAAGGGCCUGAAGAACCAGGUGCAGGUGAAGCUGAACAUUGUGAGCUGUCCCCCUGUCACCACCGUGCUCAUCAAGAGACCAGACCUCAAGUACCAGCUGGGCUUCAGCGUCCAGAAUGGGAUUAUCUGCAGCCUGAUCGGGGGUAUUGCUGAGCGGGGGGGUGUCCGGGUUGGCCACCGCAUUAUUGAGAUCAAUGGCCAAAGCGUGGUGGCUACAGCACAUGAGAAGAUUGUCCAAGCCCUCUCAAACUCUGUGGGCGAGAUUCACAUGAAGACAAUGCCAGCGGCCAUGUUCAGACUCUUAACAGGACAGGAGACUCCUAUGUAUAUAUAAACCAAGGACAGAUCCCAUUUCCCUCCACAGAGGAGCUGUAAGCAGUGGUUGUUUACAGUCCAGUUGGAGAGCUCUAGGUGGACAAGAUUAACAGACUAAUGAGUGUCUGAGGAUGGCUAGUGAGCCAGGGAUUGUCUUUCUUACUGUUGUGUCACUGACUUAUCAUUUUUUCCCUCCAUCUUUUCUGAGCUAACAUUCAUUCAACUGACACUCACGAUAUUUUGCUGAUGUUAACCCUAAAGAGGGUCAUCUGGGCAGAAGGUGUUUACGUUAUUUAUUUGUGUUUUUUUUGUUUUUUUUUGGACGCCUCACAAUGUAUAUUUUUAUAUUCAUAUCAAUGUCAUAUUGUACCUGCAUAUUGUUUCUUUAGUUCUCUUUGCUUUAUUUAAUUUUCAUGUAAAUACAUAUUUUGCUAAUGCAUCGGAAGUAAUGGGGAAGGGUCAUGGUUGCUUUGUAAAUAUUUAUUGACUUUUUGAUAGCAGGGAAGAGAGCCCUUGACCGCUAAAGGACGGUUGAAAUCGUGCUGUCAAUAUAGUUUAGAUGGACAUAAAAGGGAAUUUGGGAGUGACUUGGGUAAUAUAAUUUUGUUUAUAUACAGUACCAGUCAAGAUUUUGGACACACCUACUCAUUCAAGGGUUUUUCUUUAUUUUUUAUUAUUUUCUACAUUGUAGAAUAACAGUGAAGAAAGACAUCAAAACUAUGAAAUAACACAUGGAGUCAUGUAGUAACCAAAAAAGUGUUAAACAAAUCAAAAUACAUUUUAGAUUUUAGAUUCUUCAAAGUAUCCACCCUUUGCCUUGAUGACAGCUUUGCACACUCUUGGCAUUCUCUCAACCAGCUUUACCUAGAAUGCUUUUCCAACAGUCUUGAAGGAGUUCCCACAUAUGCUGAGCACUUGUUGCCUGCUUUUCCUUUACUCUGCGGUCUAACUCAUCCCAAAACCAUCUCAAUUGGGUUGAGGUCGGGUGAUUGUGGAGGCCAGGUCAUCUGAUGCAGCACUCCAUCACUCUCCUUCUUGGUCAAAUAGCCCUUACACAGCUUGAAGGUGUGUUGGGUCAUUAUCCUGUUGAAAAACAAAUGAUAGUCCCAUUAAGCGCAAAACAGAUGAGAUGGUGUAUCGCUACAGAACACUGUGGUAGCCAUGCUGGUUAAGUGUGCCUUGAAUUCUAAAUAAAUCACAGUGUCACCAGCAAAGCACCAUCACACCACCUCCUCCAUGCUUCACAGUGGGAGCCACACAUGCAGAGGUAAUCAGUUCACCUACUCUGUGUCUCACAAAGACUCAGCGGUUGGAACCAAAAAUCUCAAAUUUGGACCCAUCAGACCAAAGGACAGAAUUCCACUGGUCUAAUGUCCAUUGCUCAUGAUUCUUGUCCCAAGCAAGUCUCUUCUUCUUAUUGGUGUCCUUUAGUAGUGGUUUCUUUGCAACAAUUCAACUAUGAAGGCCUGAUUCAUGCAGUCUCCUCUGAACAGGUGAGGUUGAGAUGUGUCUGUUACUUGAACUCUGUGAAGCAUUUAUUUGGACUGCAAUUUCUGAGGCUGGAAACUCUAAUGUACUUAUCCUCUGCAGCAGAGGUAACUGGGUCUUCCUUUCCUGUGGCGGUCCUCAUGAGAGCCAGUUUUAUCAUAUUGCUUGAUGGUUUUUGCGACUGCAAAUUUUUCUUGAAAUGUUCUGGAUUGACUGACCAUGUCUUAGAGUAAUGAUGGACUGUAGUUUCUCUUUGCUUAUUUGAGCUGUUUUUGCCAUAAUAUGGACUUGGUCUUUUACCAAAUAGGGCUAUCUUCUGUAUACCACCCCUAUCUUGUCACAACACAACUGAUUGGCUCAAAUGCAUUAAGAAGGAAAGAAAUUCCACAAAUGAACUUUUAACAAGGCACAACCUGUUAAUUGAAAUGCAUUCCAAGUGACUACCUCAUGAAGCUGGUUGAGAAUGCCAAGUGUGUGCAAAGCUGUCAAGGCAAAGGGUGACGACUUUGAAGAAUCUCAAAUAUAAAAUAUAUUUAGAUUUGUUUAACACUUUUUUGGUUACUACAUGAAUCCAUGUGUUAUUUCAUAGUUUUGAUGUUUUUACUAUUAUUCUACAAUGUAGAAAAUAGUAAAACAUAAAGAAAAACCUUUGAAUGAGUAGGUGUGCAAACUUUUGACUGGUACUGUAUAUCAAGCCAAUGCUAGCAGUAGAGGUUGUAUGUUACAAAACGCCAUAUCCCUUCCGAUUUGAACUUUUUCAUUUUACAUUAGUUCCACCUCGUCAUGACAACAAGUCAUGAGGUAAAUGUUACUGACUAGUGUGCAAGUGUUAUUUUUAACUUCCUUAUGGCAACACAAUUUAUUGGACAGCACUGUCUCGCACACAUUUUAAUAACAGUUAAUUCCAAACUAUUGAACUUAACAUUGCUUAUUCUUUUGAAAAUCAAACCGAUGUAUGACACUUGAACGGGUAGUUUCUAUGUGUGCUAUGUUCAUCUUGUGUGUUUCACCCCAACAGAAACUCAGUUGAGUCGAUUUGUGAAUGUAUUGUGUUGUAAGAACUGUGUCCAUUGCCAUAAGCAGUAUUAGAAUGUCUGUACAUAAAGAGAACUUUGUCUAGGAUUGUGCUCAUAAGCGUCACGGUUAGUCACUGCAAACAUCCCCACUUCUGCUGUGUCGGGCUUCAGCCUUGAGAGAAAGAUGAACAAAGAAUCCCACUGUGACUGAGGAAGCCUUACGACUGAGUAUUGCUUUUAACAUGCAUUGUACUAAAAAUUACAUUGGAAAAAUUAACAUUUAUCUGUGUGCAUGCCUCAUGAUAGUAUCAAGUCAUUAUGGCAAGAUAACAAUAAAAUCUCAAAUAAACCCCCAUUUCUGUUUGAUGACUCAUUGGA